AUCUAUCAAAACCUUGACCUUGAAGUCGCAUGCUUUACAGAAAUUCGAAUUAUUAAAAAAUGGCAUCAAAUUUAACUCACGAACAACAAAUUAAAUUGAUAGGGGAUUUGGAAAUUGAGAUGAUGGCCGAUAUGUAUAACAGAAUGGUUUCAUCGUGUCAAAAGAAAUGCGUUCCCCCUAAAUUCAAAGAAUCAGAGCUGAGUAAAGGUGAAGCUGUAUGUUUGGAUAGAUGUGUCGCCAAAUAUAUGGAUAUACAUGAUAGAAUCGGAAAAAAAUUAACUCAAGCGACUCAACAAGAUGAAGAGGCUAUGAAAAAAAUGCAAGCGCAAGCCCAGAAAUAA